AUGUGGAGCCUCGUCAUAGUCGCUCUAACAGUUGCGUUGUUGCUCUGCUCUGAUGAAAGUCUCGCUCUUCUGGAGCACCUGUGCAUCUUCGACAAACUCAGGCGGCACGGGGACGUACUGCCGAUCGCAGUGGUGCGUGAGACUGCUCGCAAAGGGGAAGGCCUGUGGCACCUUUUCACCGCGGCCGUGCCUGGCUGGGCGCCGAUCCGCAUCAAGGUGUUCACGGAAGACAUGAAGAGCCCGGAUAAGUAUUGCACUAAAGAAGGGGAGAUGCGUCCGGACUUUCGCGGGGAAAAUGUCUUGUGUCAGAAAGGCGAUAUAUUAACACCAGAGAGGAAUGCCACAAUCAUAAACGAGCUAAUCCCCGCCGCGGUCAAGCUGCACGCUGAUCGACUUCUUGUUCGACCCGUGAUGGGCGACUUGGUUGUGCCUGAGUUCAGCGGGGGAUUGUGUAUGCAUUUUGCAAUACCUUCAAGUCAUCACAAAGCUGGUGUGUCCGAUGCCGACAUGAUUCUUUACGCUGCUGCUGGCCCGACAAACGGAAUGACACUCGCGUGGGCAAUGACUUGCUCUUGGCUGAGGAGUGGUCGUCCAGCUUCUGGUGUCAUGAAUUUUGGUCCAAAAUCCAUUACAGCCACAUCACUUAGCAUUCGAACGACUGCCCACGAGAUUGCGCAUGCUCUUGGGUUCAACUACGAACAGAUGGUAAUUUUGAAGAUGAUAUCCACUGUUAGAGGCGUGCGCGGAAAGAACUCCGUGAUGGUGGUGUCGUCACCAAAAACAAAGGAGAUGGCACAGAAGCACUAUAACUGCAGUACUGUUGAAGGUAUGGAGCUGGAGGACGAGGGAGGUCAGGGGACAGCGCGUUCCCACUGGGAGCGGCGCAAUGCCAAGAACGAGCUGAUGGCUGGAAUGAGUGGUGCUGGUUAUUACACUGCGCUAACAAUGGGAGCGUUCGAGGACAUGAUGUUUUACAAAGCCAAUUGGGGAAUGGAAGAACAUAUGAGGUGGGGCCACAACUCGGGCUGCAAGCUGUUGGAAGAGAAAUGUUUGGUGAAUGGUGUCUCUGCUUAUCCAGAUAUGUUUUGUAACAAAUCUACUGGGGGUGCCAUGCAUUGCACGUUUGACCGUCAGGCAUUAGGGUACUGCUCUUUGGCUUCGCAUGAAAAGCCCCUUCCCGAAGAGUACCAGUACUUUGAAUCACCCUCCGUUGGCGGCCAAGCAGAGGCACUAGAGGACUAUUGUCCCACCAUCUUUCCACAUGCGAAUUAUUGGUGCGCUGAUAGUUCUGGUCUCACUGUUCCUGGGAGUCGUAUGGGCCCGACGUCUCGAUGUCUGAAGGGUGAUGCCCUCCAUUUGGAUGCGAACGCCAUUGGUGACGUGUGUGGGGAAGUUUCAUGCAAUGAUGGCACGGUGAGUGUGCGGUACCUUGGCGACGAUACCUGGUACCCAUGCCCCGAGGGUGGCCACAUUACGCCCAACGUGACCUUUUUGAGCGGGCGCAUUCUCUGUCCAAAUUACGCCGAUGUGUGCAUCACACACCCCAACGGUAGCAGUGGUAUUUGCCCAACCAACUCAUCAGGCAAAUGCACCCGCCUCAGCAGUAGCCGUGCACGUGCAAUCUUUGAAACGUUCAUCGAUAGUGAAGUAUUCGAUAAGAUGCUCGUGGUGUUAGCUUUUAUUUGGCUGUUUUUGUUAAUCCUUCUCAUUUGUGAAGCAGCGUCGCCUCUGUUGCCCUCCAGCUCGUGGUACACAAGCCACAUCGCCGGCGUUGUGCAAAUACUUGCCGCACUACGUCGCCGAAGAUUAUCAUGUAAGGGAAACGCCACUAGUGGGAGUAACCCUUGCCUUGCGUGA